AUGGUCUGCUGUUAUAUCGGCGUCGUAGUGAGUAUCGUGCUCUCAACGAGAAAUUGCCUCCAAUCCCCUGGGAAGAAUUUCGUUGACAAAUACCUCUUGCCCAAUGAGGUGAAAACUAUCAUCUAUCAACCACAGUUUGAAGUUGGCAACGUGUACCUCCAUUCUGCCACUGAGCAGUUGAUGAAGAAAGCUUUUCUGAACGUGCUCCAUGCUGCUCCAGACAAAUUUUCUCGUCCGCCAGAUGUUCGAUUUUUUUUCCAAGGUGAUAGCGCAGAUGUUGAGAAAGGCUAUAUUAGAGCUCCAGAAAGCCACACAUGA